CGAACGAGACGUGUGAUUUCACUAGAAGAUGGAGUUAAUGGUUUCAUCCGGUAAAAAUAUUGCAGCCGUGAUAACCUUGGGGAUUCAGUGCAAUGUCAGAAGUAAAAGUAAACAGUAUCUGUGACAAGAAUGAAUCUUGCAUAUUCAACUCAACUUAUGAUAUUCCGCUACAUGAAACAUAUGGUUUUGUCCUAAUAGGUAUCGCUCUUUUUUAUGCACUCAUCAUCAUACUUAUCAAAUCACUGCACACCACAUCUACAAGUAAUACCAUCAUCAUUAUCCUAACCUUGAUCAUGAUGAUUAUCGGUGUUGCAUUACUGGCCUUUUGUCGUCACUGGUAUGAAUGGGUCAUUGCAGUUAUUGUGUCAGUCGCAACAACGAUCUUUGCUAUUGUAUUUGGUGAUAAAAUGGAAGGUUCUCCAGGCAAAUGGAGGAUAAUAAUAUUUUCACUCUGCUGCGCAUUAGUGGCAGUUGCAUUCGUCUGCAGCAUUUUAGGUAUAAUCUGCAGUUACGAUGAAAUGUGUAAAAUUAUUUUUCCUACCACAUCAGACAAUCUCUGGCAAGAAAAAAUGAUUAUUAUUGUACUCGCAAUUUGUUCAGCUAUGUUUUGGUGCGAAGCUAUGUUUAUCGCUAUUGCACUGACAGCAUACUAUUUGAAGAAAUACAUCAAAGUGGAAGAUUACUCAGCAGUUUAUAUGAGUUUUAUAUUUUUGUUUGAAUAUAUGAUACUGAUGAUUGUUUCGCUAUUACAUGUCAAUUAUUUCUUUCAAUGUCUUCCUAAAAUUGUUCAUUCUCGUUAAAUCAGUAAUAGACAAUCUUUUAUAAUUCAUUACGAUUCAU